AUGAGAGGAACACACGCGAGAGGCCCUUGUAGUUGGGUCUUUAUAAUCAAUUUGACCUACAAUAAAUUCUCGCUCGAACCCCAAAGCCUGGAGCUCGAGAGUUUUCAGGAACGCUGGACGGAUGUACCUAACGCUCAACGCUUGAGGCAGAGCAGGCCAUCUGUUUGA